AUGCGCAAUCAUCUGCAGUUCUGCACAACGGGUCCGAGGGUCGCAAGCUUGGUUACAGCACCGUUCAGACUGGUCGUUCAGACUGGUGGAGUGGAGGGGCUGGCACGGCUGACCAACAACGCUCACGAUUCUCGAUAUUGGUGGUCUCUGUCGCAGACAGAGAACCAUGACAAUCUCAUCGUCGAGUACAGCACGGCCGCAACUCACAGCAUCAGCAUCAUCUUCUUCCACUUCUCCCCAUCCUCCUUUCCACUUUCCGGGCCCCAGCUCCAAGUACCACCACGCAGAGCGGCCUCGACUGGGCCAGCACGGCCGCUUCAAGUCGUGCACCACUGGCACUGCACCGGUGCUCACAACAGAGGCGCGAGCACACCGACGGGCGCAGACCAACAGAGGCAGUCUGUCGAAUGCGGCCGUGCACAGCCUUCCGCCGUCGCCGUCGCCGUUGAGUGA